UAACAUGUCGGAAACCGUAAAAAAGAGCGACAAAAUCCUUUAGAAACAUAAGUAUAAUCGAAGUCGUCGCUUUUUAGUUGACUGUCCGAAGACAAUCCACUGAUGAAUUAAGCCACUCCGUUGACCAUCUUCCCAAUCCCUAUAAGUAGCUCACUCCUCAGCUCAAUCAUUUAGGAGCCAGCCCCGUUGACCAAAUCCGUUGACCAACAAACCAAGCUGCCAUGAUCAGUAAUUUAGCAAUGGUUAACCACGAGCUUCCAUUUGGGGAAGUGAACAUCAAAGGGUUAACUCCGGCACGGCGGCUGAUCAAAGAAAAGCAAAAGGUGGUGGUGGUGAUGGGAGCCACCGGCAGCGGAAAAUCCCGGCUUUCCAUUGACCUAGCCACCCACUUCGCCAAUUGUGAAAUAAUCAACUCCGACAAAAUUCAACUCCACGACGGCCUCGACAUUGUCACCAACAAAAUCACCCCCAACGAGCAGCGUGGAGUACCGCAUCACUUACUUGGCAUAGCCAGCCCUUUCCUAGACUUCAGCGUCGCCAAAUUCUGCCGCAUGGCCACCCUAGCCGCCGACUCCAUCGUCCACCGCACCCACCUCCCAAUCAUAGUCGGCGGUUCCAACUCCUACGUCGAGGCUUUAGUCGACGAUUACCCAACAUUUCGCUCAAAAUACGAAUGUUGCUUUCUUUGGGUGGACGUUUCGAUGCCGCUUCUCCAUUCGUCGGUGUCGGACCGAGUGGAUAAGAUGGUCGGAAAUGGACUUGUCGAAGAGGUUCGAAACUUGUUCGACCCGAAUAAUGUGGAUUAUUCCCACGGCAUUAGAAAGGCAAUUGGCGUCCCGGAGCUGGACCGCUACCUUCGCGCAUCUAAUUCAGACUAUGAAAUACGAGAGAAGCUGCUACAAGAAGCCAUUGCGGAGAUCAAGGCGAACACGUGUGAGUUGGCGUGUCGCCAGGUGGACAAAAUCCUUCGCCUUAGGAAUGUGAAAGGCUGGAAGAUACACAGGGUGGAUGCCACGGAGGCGUUUAGGAAGAAAGGGAAAGAAGGUGACGAGGCGUGGACUAAGCUUGUGGCUGGACCAAGCGCCCUGAUUGUAGCGCACUUUCUGACCCAACCCCACGGUCAACCCUAUCUGAAACAUAAGGCUUUCAGAAUGCCUUUCAAGAGGGCGCCCACCGCCGCCGCCACCGCCGCCGCCGCCGCCCGUUAGAGAAUACAUCAAUAUGAUGCAUUUGCAUGGCUUUCCUACUACUAUUUCAUUCUUUUUUCUUUUUUCACCUUGACCUACAAAUAAAAACAAAAACUUGAUCGAGUUCAUCUGAUGAUGAUAACGUGUUCGUUGUUUUUAACAUUAUUUUCAA